GUACAUAAACAAUAACCGUAAGAGGUGUUCUUCGUCAGAGAUAGCAUACACUUUGCGCAUUGAAUUCCAUUCAGAAACCGAACAUUUUACGAAUAACACAAGUUCCAGACAAAAACGGUUCCAUCAUCAAAGCCAGACGAAACAAGCUCUUUGGACAAGCAUUUACCCUGUUUUGUGACCACUCUACAAAGUCCAACAAAUUUUCUUACAAGAAUCAUCAAUUUUAUUUUCUUGCUCUACGUUUCAAACAAAAAGAAGAAGGAAUUUAGCGAGUAAAAAAUUCAGUGCAUUUGUUACUAUUGUGUAGUUGUGCUACUCGUUUUUUUUAAAGUGAUAUAUUCAUUCCUUCGAGGAUAUUCGAAACGAAAUCAGCUAUCGUGAAAAAGUGCCGAAAUACUUGGGAGCGCAAAUCGUAAAAUCGAACGUCCAAAAGUAAAAGAUAAUAAAAUAGAAAAUAUCGAAACACGAUACAAUAACAACCGGAAAAUAGUUUUGUGUAUGUGCCAAACGCGGAAACAUACCAAUCGAGAAGUAGUAAAUCAAGGAAAAUAACCCGAUUCGAACAUUGAACAUCGUCAAAAAUUUUACGAGUUAUUGCAACAUCUAUUGCCUUCGCAUCGACCCAUUAAACGCGCUACAUUCAUUGUAACGGAUCUCAUCGCGGUUCAGAUUUAUCAGAUUUAUCCGACUUUGAUAUUGAAGAAUUGAUCAAAAUGCAUAAAUUGUGUCGUCAAGUCUCCAUCGAAUCACCCGGACCAAUUGUGAAAGACUGCGUUUUUUCAUUUGUCGUACCAGUUCCUGAUACACCGGAGUUUGGUGCUCGUGUCAAGGUUGUGUAUGCCGGUGCAUGCUAUCGCCGUCAAAAAUCGCCAUCUAUGUCGAGUAUGUCGAGCGUGUCGAGCAUCACAUCGGAUUUGGCUGAAUUGGCCCAACAAAUGGCUGGAUCUCCACAAUUUAAUUCGGCCCCAGCCCCAGCACCAGCUUAUCAUGGUUACCGUGAUGGUGCUUUGUUCCCCGGCUUCGAGGUGGCCGGUGUCAUCGAAGAGUUGGGCGCAGGCGUAACAAAAGACAGCGGAUUCCAUGUGGGCCAACGCGUUGUCCUCUAUCCAUUCGAAGACGUUCCAAAUGGAUAUGCGGAAUACAUUGUUGUUCCAGAAUUGAAAUACUUGAUUCCAAUCCCAGAUAGUUUGCAAUUGAGCGUUGCAGCCAUGCUUCCAACCGGUGCCCUUCUUGCCAUGAACACCGUAUUCGAAGCCCAAGAAAUCGUCACACAAUUGCUCAAAGAGCGUGAAGCCGCUCAUGAAGCCGCACCCGAAACAACACCAGCACCAUUGUGCCGCAUUUUAAUUGUUGGCACUGGCGGUCUUGCACUGUGGGCCGUUCGCAUUGCUGCCUAUCAUUUCCAUCAAUUGGAAACGAGCAAAAGAGUCCAAAUCACCGUUGCCAGUCUACGCGACGAAGGUUUCAUGUUGGCUAAAGAUUUCGAAAAAGUGAACGUCGUUCAAUGGAGCGAAGAUUUAUACGAGAAGCAAUUGAUUGAGCGAACAAUUGAUGCUUGCGGCGGUGCCGUUGAUAUUGUAAUCGAUUUUGGAACCACAUCACGCAGCUUGCAUCGAUCGAUGCAGUGCUUAGGUGAGGGCGGUGUCGUACUCGUAAGCGAAGAAGUGGGUGAAAAAUUACUGCCCAAAUUCUCCAGUUUGGCCGAGAAACGUAAACAAAAAUUGCGCUCCGUUGCCAACGGAACGAUCGAACAAUUGACAGAAUUAGUCGAAUUGGUAUCAUCACAUAAGAUUGAACCACCACCACACUCUGUGUUCCCAUGCGAUGAUGCCCAAGAGGUCGUCCGCAAAUUAUGUCAAUCAGAGAUUCCCGGUCGUGCUAUAUUGAAAUUCCACGACAUUGAGUAAUUUGGUUUUUAGCCAUCUAUAUUCUAAUAGCUAUACAAAACAGCUUAAAUUAGUUCAUAACAAAACAACAAAAUAUCUAUUCACUUUAAACAAACAAACAAAAUCAAUGUAUUUGCGUAUACACACAACCAACUGACAACAACAACACAAAACACAGAGGAGAUGAAAAAGGAGUAAUUAGCAUGGGCCGAAAAUGAUGUAAGCAGCUGUAUUUAGACACAACAAAACGACAAAAAGAAACGAUGAACGAUUUUUUGUGCUACUGCUGCUGCUGUACAGGAGAGUGUACUGAUGUGUUCCAUUAUUGUGUACGUGUGUGUGUGUGUGUCGAAACCAAAUUCGAGUAAAACCAUAUUCACUGGCUUUAAAAGUAAUGACUUGCACAUCGAAAAGCAGCGCACACUAAAUUUUCUGCGUUAAAAUUUCGGACAAAUAUCAAUCAAUUUAAUGGAACACACGAUUUCUCCUUCCGAAAAAUCGAGACAGCAAGGUACACAAACACACAUAUACACGGUAGCUAAGGUGUCGUAGACUAAUACGAACAUUCAUUAAUCACAUACAUAAUCCAAUUAGAUUAUCGAACAACAUUUUCAAAAAAAAAAAAAUGAUAAUUGAUAUUUCAAUGAAGCAGCAAAGUGUCUCUUUAUCAACGUUCAAUGAAAAACAAAAAAAUUCUUGCUGAUUACUGGCAAGGUUCGUCAUUGUUUCGGUUUGUGUGCAAAUUGCGCAAAAAAAAAACACCAACAACAACACUGACAACAACCGAAACUGAUAACAAGAACGAUGAUGACAAAGAGACACACGCCGCCACACGCAAUAAUCGUGGAUGGUCGUUGCGGUUCUUUUUUGUAUGUGCGCGCGCGUGUGAUCAUCAUCAAACCGAGAUAAGAACGAUCGAUCACGGUGAUUGAUUUGUCCAUUUGAAAUUGGUACAUAAUCGAAACUGUAGUGAUGUAGUCGCAAUUGCGAGCGCGCACUGCAUUGUUGGUGUUUGUAAAAAUUCGGGGGAUUUGUUGAGAAGGUGUGCGCGCGUUUCUCACACACACACACACACAAGCUCAAUCGACUGAUAUCAAUCGACAAAUCCUCUCAGAUUUAUUUGGAUCUGCAUUUUUUUUUCUCUUAAUAAUAAGAUCCCGGUUUUUUCUUUUGUAAUUUCUUAAUCACAAACGAUGUGAAUGCAUCGAUUUUUAUUUUCGAAGCAAUUGGCAAGAGAAAACCCCAAAAUAAUGGAGCCAGUUUUUGCGACGACAAACAAACAAAAAAAAGCACAUAAUUCAAGCAAAAAAAAACACAUUAAUUGAAUUCAUUAGUAUUAUAUUGUUAACUUGAUUGAAAGUGAGAAAAAAACUACGUUUGACGAUGGUUUAAAAAUAAUCCUCUAUUUUUUUGAUGUCAAAUUUAAAAAAGGAAAAAAAAAUUACAUUUAGAAAUUGAGAAAAAAAUAUGUCUAAUUAGUUUAGUAAAAGUCACUCGCAUCUCACAUUGCUUUUAAAAAAAAAACAUGUCCGUUAAUACAAUUGGCAAACACACACAAUUUUACGAAAACCAAAAAUUAUUGUUACAAUUAUAAACAAAAAGAAGAAAACAAAGAAGAAAAAUUGAAAGAGAACAAAAAUAAAAAAGCAAAAAAAAAAUUGCGAUUUAAAUGGGAUAUAAGCACUUCGUAGAGAGAAUUGUCUCAAUGCGAACCGUCGUAGAUUUUGAUUCAUGUGAGACGUGCCUUUGGCACAUAACAAAUUCACAUAUACACAAUUUAGUACUAGGACACAUAGGUUUCACAUAUACACAACCCCUCUCUUUUUUUUAAUUUGAUUUUUUUCCCGUUUUUUUCGUUCUUCUUCUGAAUUUGUUUAGAGGUUUAAUUUAUUUUAUCGAGUACAACAAAAAUUUAUUAAGGAAACAAAGAAAGCAAAAACAAAAUGUUUAGUGUGGAAGUUCAGCAUUGGGCAUUGCAGCAGGCGAUUUCAAUUAAAACACUUUUCCAAAAUGAAAAUCUUCCAAGAUUCUCGAACCGACCGAUCUCAAAUCAUUUGAGCUUGACCCUUUUGAUUUUGUUCAAGUGAGAGUCGACAUGCAAUUUUGUUGAGCUUCCAACUGAACUAUAUAUAUAUACCAUUAAACAAUCCUCCCAUUCAUCAAAUCGAAUGAAAAUUUAACGAAAAUAGAAAAAAAAAACAUAGAAAAUAACAAACAAUUGUCAAAUUUCAUGGUUAGAUUUUAUUUUUUUAGGUAUCAUAUUUUUAGUUGAAAAAUGAAUUGUGAUAAAUUUGUGAAGAGAUACAAACGAUAAAAACAAAAACCAAUAACAAAUUGAAAAUGAAAACACAUAAACAUC